AUGUCUCACUUCACAAGUGAAGAUGAAGCUCUGUUACAGUCUAUGCUCAGACAAUUGCUGCAGAGUGUGAAGGAGAAAAUCACAGGAGCCCCAUCAGUAGAAUGUGCAGAAGAGAUCCUCUUGCAUUUGGAGGAGACGGAUGAAAAUUUUCACAAUUAUGAAUUUGUGAAAUACCUUAGACAAUAUAUAAAUAAUACUCUGGGAUCUGUGGUUGAAGAAGAAACAGAAAAAUGUACUUCUGCUCAAAGUCAGGGUGAAGUAUCUGGCUAUGAUACUCUUGUCCAGCAUGUUACUAAGAAGACCCGUGAAUCCAAGGAGUACAGAGAAAUGAUGCUUGCCUUGAAGAAUGUCAUGAUGGUUGUGGUAGAAUCUUUGAUUAACAAGUUUGAAGAAGAUCGGAUGCGUAAUAAGGAGCUGGAUAGUAAAACUAAGAAAGAAUGUCAAAGUGGCUACUAUACAGACAACUGCUCUGACAGUGACUCCUCAUUCAACCAAAGUUAUAUAUUCAUGAAUCAGGAACAAUUGCAGCUGCUUGCAGAAAGGCUUGACCCUAUUCAACCAAAGGAGGUGCGCCAAGAAGCACUGCAGACACUGUGCUCUGCCCCUCCCUCUGACAUCCUGAACUCCGAGAGUUGGCCCAAGCUGCGUAAGCACCUAACGAUGUCCCUGUCGGACCCCGAUGCAGCUUUCAGCGAGAAAAUUUUGAGGUUCUAUGCCAAAACCUUUUCUUCCUGUCCAUUUAAUAUGACAAGAGAAGUAUAUACCAGUUUAGCAAAACACUUGGAGUUGUAUUUUCUUUCUGAAGAAUUUUAUCUUCCUAUUUCUGCUGGUCUGGAUAUAUCUAACACAGAUAUAAAUCGUUUACUAAAAAAGGUACGCCUUUUAAAUGAGUACCAAAAGGAAGCUCCAUCUUUCUGGAUCCGUCAUCCUGAAAAAUACAUGGAAGAAAUAGUAGAGUGUACCUUGUCACUGCUAUCACUAAAACUUGAGCCUGGUCAUCUUGCCUCUCCAGAGCUUUUAAGUCCAGUCUAUUUCUUGGCUCUGCUAGAUAUCAAAGCUGUUUGGUUCAAAAAAUGGACGCAUGCACAUUACAGCAGAACAGUGGUGUUUAGACUUUUGGAAAAGAAGUAUAAAUCUUUGAUUAAUGCAGCUGUCCAGCAAUGUCUUGAGUACUUUGAGUUUUGCAAGUCAGCUCUUGACAGAACUUCUAGAGUGAGCAGCUGUUCCCAGCAGCGCUGUGGUGAUAAGCAGAAGUUUUCUUAUACCGGACGAGAUUUGCAGCACAUCUGUUUUGUACAUUCGCUAUGCCUUUUAGGAAGAUUGGUCAUCUACAAGGAAGGCCGAAAUCUUUUUCCAGUACAUCUAAAAAACAGAAAAGAUCGUGUAUCAUUAAUAGAUCUAUUGGUAUUAUUUACUCAGCUUAUUUAUUACUCUCCAAGUUACCCAAAGACAGCUCUGACAGGGCAGACAGACAAUUAUUCCCCAGCAAGUCUUGUUAUAGAGAUUCUGCAAGUAUUAUGUGACCAGACGGGAUGUGCUGCUGAAUGUUUAUAUACUGAUGCUGUCAUAGAUGCCCUGCUUUAUCCCAUUCAAAAUUUACUGAGUGGCACAGAGAUGCGUAUAAACUGUCUUGAAGCCACUUUAAUUCAUGUAGCAGAUAUUUUGGAAAGGAUUGCUGCAGUAGAAGAUGGUCUUUCUCUUCUUCUUUAUGGAGGAAAUCAAAAGUCUGCCAAAGAAGAUAUUCCUACAGCUGUUCAUGUAAUUGUUGAGUUUACAAAGAAACUUCUUCAUGACGACAUUUCUCUUUUACCUGGAUCCGAGCUUUUGCCAGUUGUUAAAGGAGCUUUCAUUUUUGUAUGUCGUCAGAUGUACAGAACCUGUGAAGGUCUGCAGGUGCUCAUUCCUUAUGGCUUACAUGAAACUCUUGCAGAGGCUUGGAAAAAGACAAGUUUGCUUUCAGAAAGAAUUCCCACUCCUGUAAGUGAUGCAAGCUCCCCCUUGUCAAUAAGCCAAGAGUCAAAAAACAGUUCAUUAUCAGAAGAGACUUUGCUAGAUGCCUUACUAACUUUUUCUGCCACACCAAAAGGACUAUUUCUGCUUCAUAGUACAGGGGCCAUGAGUGACUGUGUGACUUUUAUGUUCAGCAGUAUGUCAAGAAAAAAACAGGUAAGUAUAACAGAGUAUUUUGGUAAUGGAAUGAUUUUUACCCAAAUAGCAACGAUACCUACAGGUGCAGUAGCUCUGCAGAGUUCAGGCUUUAUAAAAGCACUUGUAACUGAAGUAUGGUCUCUGCUGGAAUGUGGAAAAGACGAUGCGAGGAUAACUCAACCCAGGUCUUUUCCAGUAGAUCCUAUUGACCAAAGCUGUCAAAAGUCUUUUCUAUCUCUGAUAAACUUGCUCACCUUUCCAGCAGUUUUUGAACUCCUGAAUAAACAAGACAUACCAAAUAAACCAGUGUAUUCACUCCGUGAAAUUCCUACUGAUAUAAUUGAUGUCAUUGACAGGCUUAUAAUUUUGAAUUCAGAGGCUAAAAUUCACUCCCUAUUCAGUUAUGAGCAAUCACAUAUAUUUGGUCUGAGAGAUUUUAUAAUUGAUGGUCUGUCAAUUGAGAGAAACCAUAUUCUUGUUAGAAUAAAUCUUAUUGGAGGACCACAGGAGAGGAUUUUGCCUUUAAGAGUACUAGAUAAGGGCAGUGAUCCAUAUCCUUGGCCAAUGUUUGCAUCAUUACCCUUGCCAAACUGCUAUCUUUUGAAAUUUCCUAAGCAAGCUGAUUUCAGACAAGAUAAUGAUCUGGACAAGCUCUUAUCACUUUUAAAAAAUCCAGAUAAACAAACAGGUUGGGCAGAAAACUGUAGAAAACUUUUCUGCAAAGUCAUGAAAGCCAAACCUGACAUCAUCAGCGGAACGAUUUUGGCCGAAUUAGUGGAAAAGUUUGUGUCGCAUCUUUCGGAAAACCCAUCGGAUUGUUAUUUCAGCGCAGGGGACUGUAAAGUUACUGGUACAAAUGUGAAGAGUGAAAGCCUUUCCGCUGUGCAGCACCUCGGUGUUGAAAUGACAGUCAGAUACGGGAAAUACUUAAACUUGCUAAAAGAACAUGCUGAAAAUGAGCUGUCCUUGGUGUUGUUGAAUUGUGAAAAAUUUCUAAAACAACAGCAAACAACUGUAGCAUCCUCACUUUGUUGCUUGCAGGGAGCUUAUGCUGGCUACGAUUGGUUUGCAUCUUCUGUGUUUCUGAUAAUGUCAGGAGACAGGGAGAAGACGUUAACAUUUCUUCAGCGAUUUUCACGUCUUCUCGUUUCAGCAUUUCUGUGGCUACCAAGACUGCAUAUGUCUAUGCACCUGCCUAUUACCACAGUGGAGUCUGGCAUCCAUCCAGUGUAUUUUUGCAGUGCUCACUACAUUGAGAUGUUGCUGAAAGCUGAGGUGCCACUUGUCUUUUCAGCCUUCCAUAUCUCUGGUUUCGCUCCAUCACAGAUCUGUUUACAGUGGAUAACUCAGUGUUUCUGGAACUACAUGGACUGGAUUGAGAUCUGUCACUAUAUUGCUACAUGUAUUUUCCUUGGUCCUGAUUAUCAAAUAUAUAUGUGUAUAGCUGUGUUCAGACACCUACAGCAAGACAUUCUGAAACACACUGAAGCUCAAGAUCUUCAGGUUUUUCUUAAAGAAGAAGCCCUCCAUGGAUUUCGAGUGAGUGAUUAUUUAGAAUAUAUGGAAAGCUUGGAGUCAAUCUACAGGCCAGUGUUGCUGAAAGACAUGAGGAAUAUCAGAGAGCAGACGGCAUAGAUAAAGCAAAGCAGCAUGUUAUUUUCCAAUUUUCAUUACAUUCUU